GUGGGGUUGCAAUUUGUAGCGCGUCGCAUCGACGCGUCAAGUCCCCCGCGAGCCACAGCGAUAAAGAUUACCAUUGAGCGCUGAGCAAAGUAAUCAACGCCCCGCUUACGGGAGCUGUCUGGGGGUGCUCAUUGCCCAAACAUAUGUCAAUAGUCGACGUAUGUCUCUUCUACUGUAGCUUUCGGUUUGAGCGGCUUCAUGACCCAAUGAUGUUCAUAGCAUCAUCUCUGAAAGCAUGGAGCCUCCUAGCAAGAAGCCUAGGCUCUCUCACAGUCUUGACCAGGACGGUGACGAACUAGACCUGAGCAUUGAGGACUUGGCGCUCGAUCGCCAGUUCCAAAGGUCUACAUAUCGGUCCGCAUUCUCAUUCAAAUCAACGUUGGAAAACAUCUUUGAAAAGUACGGCAGAGACUUUGGUGACGAGGGUGAUGAAAUCGACCUCAAUACCGGCGAGAUCACCGUCGACAGAGGCCAUUUUAGAGGCAUCUUUGGGGCAAACCUUCCAGUGGCUACUGGAGACGAUGGUGCAGACGCAGCCGAUCAGGAGGAUGGGGAGGGGGAUGAAGAUGGUGAUGACGAGGAUGGCAUAGACCUCAACCAACUUUACAGCGAAGAUGAAGAGGAGGACGACGAAGAGGAGGGCAGCAUCGACCUCGAGGCUGAUGGGGACGGCGAGGAGGAAUCCAGACACCUUUUUCCAUUGGAUGCCAUGCCAGACCCCUCGGAUGUACCCGAGCCUCCCCAGCUACCUCCAUCUUUCAGUGCACUGGAAUCCUCGGUAAACGGCGGCCAGUCAACGUCCGGUACACUGUUAGGGACCUUGAACCGGCUACUCUCGAUGGCAGCGGCAAGUCGCGGCACUUCGGAUCCAUCGUUUGACCCCCUGAGUGUCACCAACGAACUGGUGGAACCAGCCUGGAGAGUCCCUGCUCUGCCACCGGCACUGCUGCAGAAAAAGCCAACAGUCCCGGUUAAUACGAAAAGUAGUGCUGCCCUGAAGUCCAUCGUGCGCAAGCCGCGCCCUAGGUUGACUCAUGACACCGAGUCUGAAGAUGAAAUCACAACACGGGAAUCUCACAUAGGUCCGGAAUGGACCUCCUCAAAUCAGCAGAUCCCUUCACCAAACGGGUCACUAACACGAUCUGCUGCUAGUCCUGAGAACAGUGGCUGUACACAAGUAGCACCCAACCAAGAAUCACAUACGAAGUCAACGUCUCGGGCUGGAAAGUCAAAGCAUCACAAGCCUCACUCCGACGUCACUGCACGUAAAUCACCACCAACUGAGGAUGAGCGAGACGUCGUGGAAUCUCGGUGCAUGGAGUUAGAUGGCUUGCAAAGACAAUUAAAGCGAAAACACGAAACUAUUGUUAUUCACAUAAUAGACGAAAGGCUCCAAAAGUUGGAGCAGGAUAGACUUCUGCUAAAUGCACCUGUUGGGACACCUCAGCCAGUCAGGCAAGGAUUGUCUGUCAGGGGCGACAGCGUUGUAGAGUUCGGUUCUGAAGUAUUGGUAAAUCCGGAAAGUUCAAGCAGGCCACGAGAAUUUACAGAUGAAGGAUUACUGGAAACCAGCACCGAAUCUGCCAAACAGAUACCUGGUGCAGUGAGUUCUAUUGAGGAAACAACCAAAUUGAGCCCAAGACUGCCUUCAGAGGCCAAGACAGGACCAACAAAUCAAAGUGAAGCGCCAGCUGAAACCUUUACAAAGAAUUAUGUGGACCCCUCGUACGGGUUCUCCGACGAGGAAAAUGGGGGUUGGGUGCCAGCCCCCAAGGCCGCUGGUAGGGGCCGUCGCCGAGGCCCUCUCAUUCUUCGACCAAGAAGUGUUUCCCCUGAGCUGGGCUCUCCUCCUCGCCCUGCACGCUCACCACCAACUAUGCCUGAGCCGGUUACCGUGGCUACUGAUAUCACUCUCAGCAAACCUCCAAGCUCUAAUGGACCAGAUGCUGAAGCAGAGCCUCAGUCUGAACAGCCGCUCGUGGACGAUGCAGAACAUCAGAACACACCCCCAGCAGCAUCUGAGGAUUAUGAGUCCUCGAUGCUUGUGGGUUACCAACCUCCGGAGGCGGCGGCAGCACAAAAUCCUACUGUUAUAUCUGUGGGGGUUGAGGAGGGCGAAGCAUCGCAGUCAUCGGAGUCAUCCGGACUAGGGCAGCCGGUGGAUGAAUCGGUGCUGGAAGAAAAUCUUGUCUCGGCGAAUGAGCAGCAUGUUGAGCAAGCAUCGGAGCUGGAUGGGGAGGUGAAGCCACAGACUUCAGUAGACUCAAGUCUCAGCCAGCCCGAGAUCUCGCUUAGGCGUCGUGCUGUACCUCAAGAUCAAACGAGCCCCCAGUCAUCUCCCCAAAGUUUCUCAACGCAGCUUGGAAACAAGCGCUCUUCAGGGAAACAGGGUUCAGCAUACCUCCCCAGGCGAACGCGGAGGCAGUGGCUGCCCAAGGGCAAUGUCCCCCACGAAGCGUUAUCAAUGCAGGAUACCCAGCCGGCGACACCAAGUCCGCCUGCCGCUCAGACUUCCAGAAGAAGAUCAGUGAGAUCAGUAGCCUCGCUCCUGUCAUUCGUUAACGGCGGCUCCGACGAGGACGAGCUCUCGACAUACUUCACCCCACGGACCCGCAGCGUUGCCAGCAGCGGCGGUUAUGCAGGCCCAGCACGUCUCUACCGGGAGACUCUGUCCUCGCCGAUCAAGAAGAAAACGCCAAGGUCACUCAGUCGGCGCCUCUUCAUGACCAAAGCCAGCAGCAGCGCUCAAGCGAAACCCAAGCUCUCGUCUUUUUCGCUCUUGUCGGGCGCGCAGUUUCAUACCACUCCGCUCUCCCACCGCGAACGUACACCAGGUAGCGGUAGCGGCAGCGUGCGGUCGCGUCUCAACUCUAGUCCCGUGAGGUCCGUGGUUCAGACGCCAGGCGGAUCGAAGCGGAGAUGCGGCGAAGAAGGCUUUCGGUGCGAUCGUGACUGGUGCUUUUUUUGUAUUGGCGACCAACAAUAAAGGGCAGUCAAGCCUGGGGACUUAACGGGUCAGAUUAUGGUAUCACACACAGCAUCAUGACCAAACACAAGUUUUUGGGCGUGAGGCAACACACACUUCCGUUCCGUUCCGUUCCGUUAUUUUUUUUAUUUUUUAUUUUUUUUAUCAGCAUCAUUCGAAAGUAUCGAGUUUAUAUACUCUCAAAAAGACGAUAAUCAUGGGAGACGGCGCAUAUGAGCUCGCUCACAGGCAGCACAGGGAUAGACGGCAUUUUUGGGAGCAUUAAAUAACAACAACUAACUAUAAGGCAAUGAUCAUAAUGAAUCUUAAUUAAUUUUUUGCACAACUCCCCAAAUAUUAGGGCCAACAACCAUACAUCUCCUUGGGCCGCUGCCGUCACAACUGCCAAGAUUCGUGAAACCGCGAGGCCGGAAAACUCCACCAAG